AUGACUGAAUCUAACGUUAAGAAUUCCAAGAAAGAAGAGGUGCUGAAUAGUACAGCCACUGCACAAUCUGAAGAGAAGGCUACUAAAAACUCAGCUCCACAAUCUAACAAAACAAUACCACCAUCAUCAUCAUCAUCCACCUCGGUGCCUCCAGCUUCACUCAUUCCCGUACAACCUACACCACUCACGUCUAGAGACAAGACAACGCAGAGAUUGAUUGUUGUGCUUUCACAAGCAUGUUUGGAAACAUACAAAAUGAAUACAAGUGGAGGACCAGGGGGUGAUAGGUAUGCAUUAUUAAAUUGUGAUGAUCACCAAGGAUUAUUGAGGAAGAUGGGCAGAGACAUUGCCGAAGCCCGUCCAGAUAUCACACAUCAAUGUUUAUUGACCUUAUUGGACUCUCCAAUCAAUAAGGCUGGAAAAUUACAAGUGUACAUUCAAACAGCGAGAGGUGUAUUAAUUGAGGUUAAUCCCAGUGUGAGGAUUCCAAGAACGUUUAAGAGAUUUUCAGGUUUAAUGGUUCAAUUGUUACACAAGUUGAACAUCAGGUCAGAGAAUUCCAAGGAAGUGUUGUUGAAGGUGAUCAAGAAUCCAAUAACAGACCACCUACCUACCAAAUGUAGAAAGGUCACUUUGUCAUUCGAUGCAAAACUCAGAAAAGUUCAAGAUUACGUGACGACAUUAGACGAGGAUGAAAGUAUUUGUGUUUUUGUUGGUGCUAUGGCUAGAGGUAAGGAUAACUUUGCUGACGAAUACGUUGAUGAGAAGAUCGGUUUAUCGGAUUAUCCAUUGUCAGCAUCUGUUGCUUGUUCCAAGUUCUGUCACGGAUGUGAAGACGUUUGGGGUAUCUACUAA